UUGGAUAUUGAGAAUAAAGCGGUCAUGGAUGAUUUCAUAUUGCCCGAUGAAUUGGAUGAUAUUGAUGAAACGAAUGAGUUACACUAUGAAAAUGGCAUGGAUAUUGACGAGCCGAAUGAAAAUAUCAAUACUGAAAAUAUUACGGCUGAGUCGCUGAGCACUUCAGCAAAUUUUGAGAAACAAGAAACAAUUGAGCAGUAUAAAGAAUUAAUUGAGCGUCAUAAAAAUCUGAAGAAUGAAGAAAAAGAACUCGAUAAUUUGGCAAGACAGGUGAUCUCUUAUUUGAGAUAA